AUGGCUACCAUCAAUAAAACUAGACCUAGUUGUGCUAGGGUCAAAGUUUUAGUGGAUUUACUUGCAGAUUUGCCCAAAGCAGUGAGAAUGGAUAUAGAAGAUGAAAAACAGGGGCAACAAGGACUGUUUGGGUGCAACUACAUUAUGACUGUCUUUCAAAGUAUUACAAAGAAUGUAGACUGUAAGGACAUGAUGAAUAUGAUUGUAGGGUACUCAAUGCAGAACUUGCACAAUAUGAGAAUGAAGGAGAGGAAUACAAAGUGGAAGAAAUCACAAAGGAAGAUCAAGCAAAGCAACAAAUUGGCACUAGAGUGGUCAACAAUGGGGAGGAAAAAUAAUAAUAUAGUGAAAGCAGAUAGCACUAAGGAGGUGGUAGAACAAAGGCAAAAUCAGAAAAAUCAGAAUAUCAAUAAUAACAAGACAUAUGAUGAUUCUAAGAAGAAAGGGAAAGGUAUAAACAAGGGCACUAGAAAGUAUAACAAUAGAGGUUAUCAUAAUUCUGCAAGGAUAUUGCCUAGUGGAAAGAUGAUUGGCAAUCCAGGAAAUUGCACAUUGAAAAAUCUGGAGGAAGAUCUGGAGAAAAAAGGGGAGGCACAGAAACAACAUGGAGUUCAAAUCGAGGCAGAUGAUAAGAAUAAGCAAGCACAGGGCAAGCCUCAAACAACAGAUAAUAGGAACAACAAUGACAAGCAGGGACAAAGUAAAUCAGAUACACAAGACUCUGGGAGAACAAUCAUUGAUAUGGAGGUUGAUGCAACAAAAGAAGCAGUACAAAUUGAGAAGAAGAUAGAUGAUCAAGAAGUUUCCCAAGCAGGUGAGAUACAAAUCAAUGGGAAUUCAGGAAAGGAGGAUGGAAAUGAGGAAAGAGUUAGGAACUUACCAGAAAAACCUCCUGAUGGGGAAGAAGUGGAGAACCAACUUGCUAUUUAUGAAAACCCUGCACAAUCAAUAGGAACAGAAACAUCAGCAGUGGCAGAUAGUUAUGAAGGGUACGUUGAAACAACUUGUAGUCAACCAGAGCAAACUGAUAGGGAGGUUUUUGUUGAAGGUAAGAUGCAGGUGGAGAUUCAAAUGGAUACUGAUCAGAUGUUGUCAAUAAAACUAACUAAUACUGAUGAUGUUACCUUGGUUAGUGGGAGGAGAUUUCAAAUUACAGAUGACUCUAAAAAAUAUGGAGGAUUUCCAGUAUCAUUCUCAGAAACAGAAGAUUUUAUACAUUGUAUAAACAUAUGCCAAUUAACAGAUAUAGGAUUUAAAGGAAGAAUGUAUACUUGGUGGAAUGAGAGAUCAGAUGAUGCUUGUAUAUUCAAGAUAUUAGAUAGGUGUCUGGGAAAUCAAGCUUUACAACAGCUGUAUCCUAACUUUGAAGUGGAACAUCUGAUUAAGAAAGGUUCUGAUCAUUCUCCUUUAGCCAUAACUACCAGAGUGGACACUACUCCAAUCAAGAAACCUUUCAAAUUCUUGAAUUUCUGGGUGGAGUAUGAAACUUUUCUGGAUGUGGUAAAAGAGAACUGGCAGGAAUGGCACAGUCCUGACCCCUUUUUUAAUUUCCACAAUAAAUUGAAAAAGGUAGGUAAGGCACUGGCAAAAUGGAGUGGGGAUACUUUUGGAGACAUAUUCAAACACAUAGCUACUUUGGAGGAGGUAGUUCAGGUACAUGAGCAGGAAUUUGAGCAGCAACCUACUAGCAUGAACAGAGAGAGGCUUCAGAAGGUGCAGGCUGAAUCUUAUUCAGGAGAAAUUUUGGAAGCAAAAAGUAGGAAUGCAAUGUUAAAGAGGAUUCAAAAUCCUACGGGUGAUUGGUUGGAAACAGAGGAAGAUAUUGCUCAAGAAGCUAUCAGAUUUUAUGCUGAUCAAUUCAGAGAAAAGAAUAUUCCUUCUGAUUUUGACAUACUACAAAACAUACCAAAGAUGAUUUCAGCAGAGCAGAAUGAUAGAAUACAAGAGUUUCUAGAGGAAGAUAAGAUCAAAAAGGCAAUAUUUGGGCUGAAUCCAGACAGUGCAGGAGGCCCAGAUGGAUACACUGGAAGUUUUAUCAACCUUGUUGGGAUAUCAUUGCUAAGGACAUGA